UCAAAAAGACAAUUAUAAGUGGGUUACUUCAUUUGAUCCUUCCAGACCGCUCCAACCUAUCCAACCUAUUCCUACUACUUCGAAUUCCUCACCAUCUAAUGAUUCACCUAGUAAUAUUGGCUCAAUUAUUGGUGGCACGUUUGGUGGAUUAGCAGGACUUAUAGUAUUAAUAACAAUUGCAGUGCUUAUUGUCAGAAGAUAUGGACAUUCUCCUCAUCCUGAUAUACGAUUACAUGAACAAGAAAUAUCAAGUCAUCAACCAAUACGACAUCAAAUUGCUGCAGCAAUAGGACAGCGAUUUCUUUCGCCAAAAGCUUUUAGGAACGUCUUCGAAUUGCUUCCAAAAGAAGCACAUGGAAAUUUAUCAUAUAUUGCAGCAUGGCCUGAUCAAGUUAAACAUACACCAGAGUACAGAUUUACAUCUCCAAUGCACUUUAUAUCACCACCGAACGAUUAUCCACCAAAUAAUUGUACUUUUAGUUGGGUUCCAGGAAAAUAUGAUUUGAUUAAUGCAAUUCAUAAUUAUUCAAAUAGACUUGAUCCAGAAUCUGAUCCUAAUUUUUGGCCAAGAGCUGAAGCACUAAGAUUUUUGGUUCAUUUCAUUGGUGAUCUACAUCAACCUUUACAUAUUACAGCUAGAGAUAGAGGUGGAAACGGUUCUCCAGAAUUUAAUGAAAAUUCUACUUUCGACUAUAAUUUAACUGAGAUUGAUAAUCAAUUUAACUCUUCUGAACCCUUAUUUGGAGGCCCAUUUUAUGAUUUAUAUUUAAAUUAUAUAAUUCAUUUAAUGAAAACAACAUGGCGUCAUGAACUUUCUUCAUGGAGAAUUUGUCAAGAAGACUUUGAAUUUUCAACUGAAUUUUCUUAUAAUCCUAAUCAAUUCCAUUUCACCUCUACAAACGUAUCUUCCGAAUAUUUUACAGUUUCACCAAUGGAUAAAAAUAUUUCACAUAGUGUAGCCUGUCCAGAAUUUUGGGCUAUACAAAUAAAUGAGUUAAAUUGUAAAGUAGUCUAUAAUGGGUACGAGCCUAAAUUAGAUUUGAGUAUCGGUACUUAUUAUGAGAGAAUCGUUGAUGGUAAAAUUAUUGAAAAAUUAUUAGCUAUUGCCGGAAUUAGAAUUGCUGCUGUGUUGAAUACUAUUCUUGGAUAG